AUGGGCGACGGGACACAAAGACCCGAGCUGGACGGUCAUCCGGCGCCAGCGCGUUCUUUGGUUUGGCGACACACUGAGCGGAAGAGAUGGGAAGCGGUUGUACUUCAGGCUGCUUUUGGCUCGCGUUCUGCAGACGAUGAUGCGCAUACCGAGGAGGAGAACAAGGUCAUCAAAGACAACCGACUUGCCAUUGUGCCGGCUUUUGAACCGGUGCCGCCGAACAGUGGAACAUAG